AAGGAACUAGCUCCUUACUCUACAUAGCUUGCACUCCCGCAUCACAUGGUCUCGAUGCAGACUGCUUACCUAAUACAUCUCGACUACAGGUGGAAUGUCUUCACUCCAAGGUGCUACAGUUUCUAACAGAAUCAUUAAGCGAAAGAGGAAGCGGAUAGAUUGUGGCCGGGAGGAGCAGGGUCCUUCUGGGGCGGUUGCUCUCUCCACAGGUGCUACUGAUCCCACUGGUGUCACUAGUACAGAGACAUAUGAUGACAGCACGAAUGCAACCGAAUUCUCAAAAGGCGCUAUCGGCGCGGAACACGCGGCGUCAAAUCAGCAGAGGAAGAAGAAGGCUGCAGCAGGGGCACAAGUUGUCGAAUGUGUGAUUAAUUGGCCGCCACUAUUUACUGAGUUGGAAAGGAUUCAUCGGGCCCUAAACUUAGUCUUCACUUUUUGUUCUACCCGGAAGCAUCUCGCUACCACGUUUGAAACUAUGCGGUCAGCUGUUGAAUCCCACACGAAGCGAAAGAUCAAGCCUGAAGAUGUCGCUGCGGUCGUGGCACUACGGCCUGAGGGUAUUUAUUUUAGUUACGUUGAUGAAGUUGUGCUACAGACCGACAUAAAAGGCGCUGAGCGGGACACGACCUUUAAGUCUACUCACUCGAAAUAUAUUACUGUUCAGGGACCUGCACCAGAUGCUUCAGUCGGUGGUUUGACGGGUAUGGACGACCUCGGAAGCCGACACCCAGAUGAUUCAACAACAAGUGGUCGUGAAGUGCUCUUCUUCGAAUUUAUCGACGGUGAUCUAAAGCGGCAGGUUCAGAGUCGGAAGUCCGGGGAGGUUGUGAAUCCAUCUAGACGACUCCGAGAUGAGGAUUUGAGAAUGCCCGUGUACAGCCAAAAGCAAAUGACAACUUUAAUCGAGAAGCGAAAUCAGAAGUUCUUUAAUGCUGUCAAUACUUUUAUUAACCGCUGUGUCGAAGACAAAUUGGAUCCAGAAGUUGUGUUGCGUCAACAAGCGGAGUUGUACCUCCCAACUCCAUCAGAGCCUGAGCUUACCCCUUCAACAUCGGAGCUGAGUACUAUUCCAAAAUCUAUCCCAAAGGAUAGGAAAAAUAUUCCUGAAAUUAUCCAGGAGCUGAAGGAUAGUUCGUGGUAUACAGGGCAGAUCGUGCCGGAUGGCCAUAGGGUCUUUGAUGCACAAGAAGCCGUUUAUGGUGACCUUGACUUUUUGCUCAGCCAGGAUAUGGUCAAUGCUCUUUACAAUUCCAAAGGCAUACUCCAGUUCUACGCCCAUCAAGCCGAAGCCAUCAAUAGCCUCCAAACAGGGCGCAAUGUUGUUGUUUCCACAUCUACAAGCUCUGGGAAGUCCUUGAUUUAUCAACUUCCGGUUUUGCACGCAUUAGAACAGGACCCCAACACCCGUGCUAUGUACAUAUUUCCCACCAAAGCCCUCGCUCAGGAUCAGAAGAGAAGUCUAAAGGAUAUGCUUGGGUACUUGACCGGUCUGGAAAAUGUACUUGUUGAAACCUUUGAUGGUGAUACGCCUAUGCACCUGCGGAAUGAGAUACGCGACGAAGCUCGAAUUAUUUUCACGAAUCCUGAUAUGCUACACAUCACUAUAUUGCCGCAAGAAGAUCGAUGGAGGACGUUUCUCAAGAAUCUACGAUACGUAGUCGUUGACGAACUACAUUACUAUAAUGGUCUGAUGGGCUCUCAUGUUGCUUUUAUCAUGAGGAGGCUGCGGCGAAUUUGCGCAGCAGUAGGUAACCGAAAGGUUAGAUUUAUAUCAUGCUCGGCUACCGUGGCAAAUCCAGAAGAACACUUCAAAACAAUUUUUGGAAUGAGAGACGUACAUCUUGUUGAUUUUGACGGAUCGCCGUCUGGUCGGAAGGAGUUCCUUUGCUGGAAUACCCCUUUCAAAGAUCCCGGUGAUCCCUCAAGCGGCCGUGGGAGUGCCUUAGCUGAGUGUGCUCGGCUUUUUUGUCAGCUUAUUUUAAGGGGUGUCCGUGUUAUAGCCUUCUGCCGUGUGAGGAAACAGUGUGAAGAGCUGGUUACAGCCACAAGGUCCGAACUCGAAUCUCUUGGCCGUUCAGAAUGCGUAUCUCGUGUAAUGGGAUACCGUGGUGGUUAUACACCGCAAGAUCGUCGCAGAAUAGAGAGUGAGAUGUUCGAAGGCAAAUUGAUGGGAAUUAUUGCUACUACAGCCCUUGAACUGGGUGUCGACAUAGGUAGUCUGGACUGUGUCAUUACCCUUGGAUUUCCUUACACUAUCGCGAAUCUGCGACAGCAGAGUGGAAGAGCCGGUAGAAGAAAUAAGGACUCUCUCUCUAUUCUUUUGGGCGAUUGCUUUCCUGCGGAUCAACACUACAUGCAGAACCCUGGUGAGCUCUUCACCAAGCCCAACUGCGAGCUACAAGUUGAUCUCAGCAACAUGCUUGUCCUCGAAGGUCAUAUACAAUGCGCAGCUUAUGAGAUGCCAAUUAGACCAGAUGAGGAUGCGCAUUACUUUACGCCAGAUCUGGCAAAAUUGUGCGAAGAACGCCUGGUCAGGGAUGAACUAGGUUAUUAUCAUUGCCACGAUAGGUUUCGACCGACACCGUCUAAGUUUGUGGCUAUCCGGGACACUGAAGACGACCACUUUGCUAUCGUCGACAUUUCUCAUGGAAAGAAUACUGUUCUUGAAGAGCUCGAGGCGUCAAGGGCCUUCUUUACCUUGUAUGAUGGCGCCAUUUUUCUGCAUCAAGGUAACUCUUAUCUGGUUCGUGAUUUCCAGCCUGAUCGUAAAAUAGCCAAGGUUGAAAAGGUCAAAGUUGAGUGGACAACACAGCAGCGAGAUUUUACCGAUAUCGACCCGGUAGAGUGCGAGGCUGUUCGCAGAAUCCCAGGAUCGUUAUCGAGGGCAUUCCAUGGCUCAAUACGCAUCACGCAGAACGUCUUCGGAUAUUUCAAAGUAGACAAGCGCCGGCGGAUUCUUGAUGCUGUCCAGGUUGACAACCCACCAAUUAUUCGACAUAGUAAGGGCAUGUGGCUGGACGUUCCUAAGCGAGCCCUAGAAAUUCUUGUUGAUCGACGCCUUCACGUAGCGGGGGCUAUUCAUGCUGCAGAGCACGCCAUCAUGAGUCUUAUGCCCAACUUUGUCAUAAGCAUGCCUGGCGACGUGCGCACCGAAUGUAAAGUAGGCCUGAAAGAGUUUGCGCAGAGAGAAACGUCGAGGAAGCGACCAGCCCGGCUGACCUUCUAUGACGCGAAGGGCGGCGCCAAUGGCUCGGGUAUCAGUACAAAAGCCUUUGAGUUCAUUGACAUACUCCUUGUCCAGGCGCUCGAGCGCGUCCAGCAUUGCCACUGCGACUCAGGGUGUCCCGAAUGCGUAUGUUCGGAGCUCUGUAAACAUGCCAACGAAGUGAUGAGCAAAGCCGGAAGCUCGGUUAUCCUAAAGACCUUGAUGAAUAUGGAGAUUGAUGUCGAUGCAUUGCCUAUGGGACCAGAAGAAAUAAGCCCCGCAGGCAUCGAGACUGUGGUAUUGGCCAAACCUGUGCCGGUACGUGGAAGACUCGUUGUGGAUGGCGUCGAGGUCAAGGUUGAGGAUCAAGGAGAAUAGUGAUGGAUGACAAUAACACUACGCAUAUGAACAGAAAACACCCCUUAUUCGCUGCGCUACGUUCGCUUUAUGGCAAUUUGAUGAACACAGCCUUCAUUCUGCGACUAUCAGAUAGUUGUAACAUUUGUAUACAAAGAGCAUAUUUGAACGCUAGAUAUACUCAUUCAAAAUAGUUCGGCGUAUCUCUUAGCUCACGCCUUUAGGAGUUUACACUGUUACCAUUAAUCUCAUCUAGCGAAACAUCAACGCCCGGAGUAGUUUAAGUAUCUUAG